UGCCUUCUGCCUGCGGCGCAGCUUUAAACCCACAAGGGCCACAACAGAAUAGCAAACCUCAAAGGCCUCUCUCUCUCUCUCUCGUGGCUUUUUCGCAUCCUCUGAAUCUCAAAGUAAAAAUCCAUGGCAGCUUCACUCUCAUAAACCCUGCAGUGAAACCCACAAAAUCGACACACCCAGAAGAGCUAAUUACAUGCAUUUUCCGAUGGAUUUGAGGAGGCUUUCAAUCCCCAAACCCCAUCUUUUUCUCUUCUCUCCCAUCAACCGCCCGUGCGUGACCUGCACCACCCAACGCCGCCCCCAAGAGCCUCCUCAGCCACCGCCAUCGCAUCUUCCGGAUCAACCGGAGCCGCCCGAUCAGAGUUUGCACAACUGGGUAUCUUCUGUUCUCUCAAAACCAUCUCUAGAUUCUUCUAAGUGUAAAGCUCUCGUACCCCUUUUGUCGCCUCUUCAAUUUGAUCAGUUGUUCCGUUCCAUUAGCCCCAAUGUGAACCCCAAAACAGCUCUCCAUUUCUUCUAUUUUGCUUCUGAAUCUUUUAAGUUUCGGUUUACUGUUCGAUCCCUUUGUGUUUUGGUUCGUCUGCUUAUUAAUUCAAAUCUUGUAUCGCCUGCGAGAUUGCUUUUGAUCCGUUCGAUUGAUGGGAAUGUGCCAGUUUCAUAUGCUAACCCCAGUCACAGGCAUAUGGAGAUAGCCAUUGCCAUGUUGGAAUUGAAUACCGUGGCCGAAAGAGCUGUCGGUGUUCAGGCACUGGACUUGUUGAUUCAUGUUUACUGCACCCAAUUCAAGAGUAUGGGUUUUGGUUACGCCGUUGAUAUGUUUAUGUGUUUUUCUGAUAAGGGCUUCUUUCCAUCGUUGAAGAUUUGUAAUUUUUUGUUGAGUUCGUUAGUGAAGGCCAGCGAACUUCAUAAGAGUUAUCAAGUAUUUGAAGUUAUGUCUCGAGGUGUUUCUCCUGAUGUUUACUUGUUUACUACUGCAAUUAAUGCAUGUUGUAAGGGAGGGAAGGUUGAUGAAGCGAUAGGUUUGCUCUCAAAAAUGGAAGGGCGGGGUAUUGCUCCAAAUGUUGUUACAUACAAUAAUGUUAUUCACGGGCUUUGUAAGAGCAGGAGAUUAGACGAAGCUUUCCAGUUCAAGAAGAAGAUGGUAGAAAACAAUGUGAACCCGAGUCUUAUAACGUACAGUGUGCUCAUUAAUGGUUUGAUCAAGCUGGAAAAGUUUUAUGAGGCAAAUUGUGUUUUGAAGGAAAUGUCCAAUAGGGGAUUUGUCCCGAAUGAGGUUGUCUAUAACACAUUGAUUGAUGGGUAUUGUAAAACGGGAAAUAUUAGUGAGGCACUAAAGAUAUUGGAUGAUAUGUUAUCCAAUGGAUUAACUCCCAAUUCUGUUACUCUUAAUUCUCUGCUGCAGGGAUAUUGUAAAACUAAUCAGUUGGAGCAUGCUGAGCAGAUUUUAGACAAGAUGCUGUCCCAUUGUUUAUCCAUAAAUCAAGCUGUUUGUUUCUCAGCUAUUCACUGGUUAUGCAUGAAAUCUAGGUUCGAUUCUGCGCUAAAGUUUACUAUAGAAAUGCUUUUAAGAAACUGUAGGCCCAGUGAUGGCUUGCUUACCACGUUGGUUUGUGGGCUUUGUAAAGAUGGAAAGCAUUCUGAGGCAGUUGAACUUUGGUUUAGGCUAUAUGACCUAGGAUUUGCAGCCAACACUGCGACUUCAAAUGCCUUAAUUCAUGGACUUUGUGAAUCUGGUAGCACACAAGAUGUUGUUCUGCGACUGAAACCAAUGCUAGAGAGAGGUUUGGUAAUGGAUAAAAUCUCAUACAACACACUUAUCUCGGGUUGUUGCAAGGAGGGAAAAGUGGAGGAAGCUUUUAAGCUUAAAGAAGAGAUGACUAAGCAAGGAAUUGAACCAGAUACUUAUACUUAUAAUUUGUUAAUUCAUGGUCUAUGUAAUAUGGGAAAAGUGGACGAUGCACUUAAACUAUGGGAUGAGUGUGAAAAUCGGGGUCUGGCUCCCAAUGUCUAUACAUAUGGGGUGAUGAUAGAUGGGUACUGUAAAGCUGGCAGAGUGGAUGAGGGUGAAAACCUUUUCAGUAAGUUGGUGACUAAAAAAGUGGAGCUAAAUUCUGUUGUUUAUAAUACACUAAUCAGAGCAUACAGCAAAAAUGGGAAUAUGACUGCAGCCCUUGGUCUCCGCUUGGACAUGACAAAGAAAGGCAUUCAACCAACUUGUGCCACAUAUUCUUCUCUUAUAGAUGGACUCUGCAAAAUUGGCAGUGUUGAGGAUGCAAAAUGCCUUCUAGAUGAAAUGAGGAACGAUGGCUUGUUGCCAGAUGUUGUAUGUUAUACAGCACUAAUUCAUGGUUAUUUUAAGCUAGGACAAAUAGAUAAAGUAGGGAAUGUCUUGCUGGAGAUGUCUUCAUUUAACAUAAAACCGAAUAAGAUUACCUACACUGUCAUGAUUGAUGGGUACUGUAAACUAGGCAAUAUGGAAGAAGCAACUAGACUGCUAUCUGAGAUGACAAAAAUGGGAGUUGUCCCAGAUGCCGUCACCUAUAAUGUGUUAACAAAUGGAUUUUGUAAGCAAGGGAAGGUGGAAGAAGCUUUUGAAGUAUGUGAUCAUAUGGCCAGUAAAGGAGUAGCUUUAGAUGAAAUUACGUAUACGACAUUGGUUCAUGGGUUGCAUCAGCCCACUACAUGUACAAAUCAGGAAUGAUUGGAAACAUUCAAAAGGUGCAUAUUCCUAUUCUUAAAACUGAUGGCCGUAGACCAUGGGAUACAUCUCCUUAACGUCACUAAAAUGAUUCUUGAACAUUUGGAGUUGCAACCCUACUUCAUUUGAGUUUGGGACUGGCUAUGUUUACAAAAGAAAGUAAGAAAUCGGCUGUCUCAAAUUUGAAUCCUGUUUACUCUGUUGAUGAGGCACAUAGCUGGAUCAGAUGGCCAUACCGAAUGAUUGAAACAUCAAAAGAAUUUCCUGGAUUCCUGACCUAGCAAUUCCUCAGCCGAUCUUUGGAGCUAGUAUUGAGGUUUACAAGGUCACGCGUCAAAUAUGAGAACUUAAAUGACAUUUGCAACAGACCUCCCAAACGCUCCUGCCUGCUCCAGAUGCUUGCUGUCGUCUGGAAGUCAUGAGAUUUACAACUACCUGCAGGAUGCGAUGCCUGUAUUCUGUUGUUGUGCGAUCUUUUGAGGAGGAUGGCUUUUCCAGCGCGGAUUAUGUGAAUUUUCACGGAACUGAUUGACCGGGGCUUAUUUGGGUAAAAACCAGUUCCCUGCGUUUUUCCAAGGCAAUUCAUGGAAAGGCUCUUAGAAUGCAAGAAAGAAAUUCAUUUAUGCGUUUCCUUUCUGGUGGAGACGCGAUCAUCUACAGGUAGGGAUUUUGAGUUUUGUUUUCUAAUUUCUUAGAGAACAGAACCAUUAAAUCGAUACCUGCCUCAUGUAAUGGUCCAUAAUGUUAAUAGAUACAAAAUAUACAUGAUCGAAACGACAAGAUACUAUUAUUUGGAUGACCAAUUUGAAUCUGAUCUAUUACCUCAAAAUAUCGCUUUUUAUUUU